CCGUGAGUCCGGCCCCCUUCCUGCCGUCACCCCCAACAACAGCAGCUAUCGCCCUCCAUUCCCACCUUCACCUUGUCCUUCCCCAUAAAUUUCUACCAUUUUCAACGCGUGCAAUCGCUCCGGACGCGGUCAUUUCGCCAUAUUUCUUAUUUUGGGCACAAAGCAGGCGCGAGUGCACACACCGAAAGGGAGUCCCGGGGUGGUGGUUCAAUCGAAGCCGUCUAAACACACCUCUCAGCACUUGGGAUUUGCAAAGGGGGCGAACCCGCGGUCCGUUCGAUAAUCUCGUAGCCCACAUCUCGAUCUGCCUACGACCUCCAGCUUGCGGCCCGCGCAUCCCUUCACCAACACAACCAUCCGUCGAGGACAAGGAAAGACCUAUCUUUCUGGCCAUACCACAUGGUUUCACCAAGUACGAGAAGCACGCGAUCGAGAUAUUCCAGUCCACGCCAAAUACCAUCCGGCUCUGUUGAUCCGAUCAAGGGGCAACGCAGUGCUAGCGCGAGUGGGAGUGGGAGCGGUGGGAGCGGCAACGCCAGCGGCAGCGGCAGCGGCGCAAAGAGCAAAGGGAACGGAGGCGGAGGCGGAGGCUGCAACAGCAAGAGCUCAGGAACAGAGGGCCAAAAGACGUUCAUGGAUCGCUGGCUGGAACCACCUGUGCAGAACAAGCCCAGCUUUGCCGACGCCGGCUUGGUGCGCCACGGCGUUGUCGAGGGAAUGGCGCCCCUGGGGACGAUGCCCAAGGCGGGCUUCUUUAAGAAGGCUACACCUGCACCGCCACCACCUGAGUCGAAGCCUUUCAAGACGACGAGAAUCGUGAUCAAGCGGCCUGUAGCGCCCCCAGCACCACCUGCACCGGCUCCCGCAGCUACUACUCCGGCACCCGAGGAGGACGAAACGGAAGACGAAGAAGAGAGUGGGAACGGCAGCAUCAUGACGGGCGCCGAUGAGACGGGAUCGGAGAGGAUGACUCCUGCCCCUAUUUUCUCGGCUUCGACGCGCCGCCCUCUGCCGGUUUCUCAAACCCUAGCCACCUCACACGGGCUCAUGGUGGAUCCUCGGACGCAACUCAUGGACGCAGUUAUAGAAAAGGCGGUGGAAGAGGCCGUAGCGCAUCACCGGUAUCCCACGGCGUACGCCCUCAAGACGCUCUAUGAGGAGGAUCGAUACAACUCCAGGUUCCGGGUUAUUGCGGAGAAGGUUUUCACGCAGACUGCAGAUGCCGGGAUGCUCGAAGAAUUUGCCCGGAUGCUCCACCAAAAGAAAAAGGAAGCGAAGAGGAAAAACAUGGGCUUGAAUUAUUUUGCGAGUAUGACGGCCAUGGGCCAGGCGCCGCCCAAGCCCCAGCGGGCCUCUUACGGCCAUCUUGUCACGUUGGACAUUUCCGCCGUGCAACGCUAUCGUGAAGCGGUUGAGCAGCGAAGAGCUGGGUCCGGUGAUGUGAAGCAAGAGGAAGCCAGUCAUGAAGGUGUUCCGGAGCGGGUCCGUGAGCUCCAGCAACAGUCUUUUGUUGUCCAGCAACAAUCGUUGCACCAGCACAAUCAGCAGGAUCUCCAAUACCGCCAGGGGCUCCAGCUUCAGCAGGAGCAACGGCAGCCUCAGCACUACCAGCCAACAUACCCUGAACCCGGUCCGCACCCCAAACCCAACCCUGAACAAGGACCUGAGCCAGAACAGCCAGUGGCAGGACCCGAACCUGAAUUGGCACCCACAUCUGAGCCUGCUCUUGAACAUCUUCCGCUCGACCCUCAACUUCUUAAUCCUCCACACCAACAAUCACCACCAUCCCCACAACCACCAUCACCACCACAACAAAAACAAAAACAACAAGCACCUCAGCCGGAGUUGGUCUCUAACCCCGCGCCAAGGAUUUCCUUCACUGGAGGCAAACCUGACAAGGAAGAGCAAGAGUACGAAGAUCAGCAAUCUCAUUCUGACCCACCUCUUGAUCUUUCCUCAUCUCACUUUGAACAGGACCCGGAAGAAGAAGGGGAGAAGGAGCAGGAGCUCUUGCUGGCGUCGAAGACGUCUGCUACGACACCUGCACUUGCACUCGCGCCUGCGCUUGCGCCUGCAUCACCGGAACCGGAACGAGAGCAGCGUCCGCCAGACCAUGAGCAGGAAGCUGAGGGUGAAAUUCGAGAAGUUCAUGUCCGCAAGAAGCACAAAUCACCAAGAAAAUCUGAAUCAGCAAAGGCAAAGAUGGUCGCCAACGGGGUGAAUGGAAAGGCCAAGUCGGUUUCGCCGAAGAAGAGGGGGCGGGCGAGCUCCAUCUCAAGCUCGUCGUCGUUGUCGAGCGCACGAUCGCUCUCACCGCCAGCAGACGUGUAUGAUGGAGAUGGGCUAGGGAGUAGCUUUGCCAUUUCGGUCUCGCCCUCUCGUGCCAGCCCAGCGCCCAUCAUUUCUCCCGCCGCCGCGGUCGAUUCUGCUGCGAGUGGAGCUGGUAAUGCUGUCGAGGGCGGCAAUCACGAUGCUGUUGCGCCACACCCAAUCACGGUUCGUCGCCGCAUCAACGUGAGGAGGAACAGGAACGUGUCACCUGCCCUCCCAUCACCGGCCUCACCCACGGGUAGGCAGAGCGAUUCCUUGGAUCCCGCUAUUGGACGUCCAUACGAAAUGCCUGCCGUCGUCGACGCGCCUUUGUUCCCAAAUCUGAACUCAAAGAAGGGCUCGAAGUCGGGGGUCCAGGGCGUUGUGUUCCCUAGCAAGGUUGGGCGGAUUGACGAGAACGACCCGAAGUAUCGCCUGCGACAGAGCGCUAAAAAGAUUACGGCCAACUACAACAAACCGUUCCCCGAAAGUUUCACCAGAGAGUCGUAUCCCAAGGAGGAGCCUUCUGUGGAGGUGGAAGAGAUGCUGGUGUCUACGCCUUUCACGCGACCUAUGAGCUCAGCAGCACCAGAGACGACAACGCGUGCUACCUCUGCCUCAGCCGAAGGCCGGAGCACGCGUGCAUCGAGGAAGAGGUCGCAUGUUGAGCUUGAAGAGCAGCAGUCAUCGCCUACAGCGGCUACUUUCCCUGCAUCGGACGUUGCUUCUACGGCAGCGAACUCGAGAGCAGGGACGCCUGCGCUGCGACCCGCGAAGAAGCCAAGGACGGGACUGAGAGUGAAGAAUUCGCCGAUGAAGAGGAAGACGUCCGCGGCCGGCAUCCCGCGGGCGAGCGGAGAGCGAAGUAGUCCGACCGUCACCAAUGGCAACUAUGCCAAGGAGGACGACAAUGAUGAUUAUUGCUCAUCAUGUGGUGGUAACGGCCAGCUCAUCUGCUGCGAUGGUUGCACCCGGUCUUUCCACUUCAGUUGCGUGGAUCCGCCGCUGAUGCAAGGUGCUAUGCCCGACGAGUGGUUCUGCAAUGUCUGUCGCACCGCUCACAACCCUCCGGUCUUCCCGGUAUAUAGCGGCCCUUUCGCGUCUUUGAUGGAGAAGCUGGAUGCCAAGAACUCGAGCGCAUUCGCCCUUCCGGUUGAUGUGCGCGAGUAUUUCGAGGCCGUUCGCACCGGUCAAGAUGGGGAGUAUGAAGAGAUUGUGCCUCUAGUCAAACCGCCGGCUAAGAGGAAAAAGAACGACGAGGAGUCCGGACCCGACUUCUUCAGGUUACGUGAUGAUAAGGGAGAUCCGGCAAUAUGCCAUCUGUGCCAAGGGGGAGCCUCCGCUCGCACCAGAGCCAUUAUCCCGUGCAGUCUAUGUGGCCUCUUCUGGCACUUGGAUUGUCUUGAUCCGCCUUUGGCCAACCCGCCUGUUCUCCGAACGUGGAAGUGUCCUUGCCACGUUGAUGACUUGCUCGCCAAGGUGCCAGGUCAGCUGGCGCCGGCUCAUAAGUUCCGCAAGAUCAAGGGCGCAUCAGUAAUCAGGCCGGCUUAUGGUCGCGCUUACAUCAACAACGGCUACAUCGAGGUGGAACCCGAGGCUAGCGACGACGAGAGUGGCUGGAAGGAUGUCGAGACCUAUGGCAAGGUUGUGAGAUUGCCUGCCAAGGGCAUCAAACUCGAUUUCCUAUCACGCGUCCGUGAAAAUCGCAAGGGAAAACCUAUCCCCCCUCUCAAUAUUCCUCAGACUACCGGUACUGGGGCUUCGGUUGGGUCAUCACUCCUCAACAAGCGGAGCUUAGAAGAGCAGCAAGCAGUCUACAAUCUUGCCGCGUUGAGUGGACAAGGCACAAGUGGUGUUAACACCCUAGUUGAUGCCUUGUUGGCUCAAGCUGAUCCUUCAGUCAUCUCGCUGAUGGCGAGCGGCAACUCUGAUCACUUGGCCACUGGUAACCUGAACCAUAUGGACCAACAGAGUCUUCGUGCUAUGCUUGCCCAGAUGGAGAAGAUGACAAGCCAAAUCAGAAGCAUGCUGGAGCCUGUCACUCCCAUGGCUGCUUCCCAGGAUCAGUUGGUUUCAUCUAAAGUCCCAAGCUUGACGAACUCGUCGCAGUCCAUCACAGACGGGGAGUCGGAAAAGACGGUCCGUGAUCUCGAGAGCACGCCAACGAUGAAGAAGGAACUGCCCCCUUCGCCGGCCGCGACCGACGAUGUCGCUACCGCCAAGCAAACCAAGGAGCCAGCGCCUCCCAGGAGGAAAAAGCGGAAGAGUAACGGAAGGAAGAGCGCAGACAGUGAUGCGGCAGUACUCCAGAACGGUGAUAUGGAUGUAGACGCAUGAUGAUCUCGGGGAGGGAGGGGGGGGAAAUCUAGCCAGCAGGUGUUGGGAACUGAUAUCCUUUGUUGGGUCUAGUGGUUUUUGAACCAUUUCCACGUUUUAGGGUUUGCAUAGGUUAUGGUGCACAGGCUUAGCUAUACUAUCUAUGGGUUGAGAGGGGAUUGCGAAAAUGAAUUUACACAGCAGAGCAGAGACAGCGAGGCUCAUUUGCCUACCUACUCGAUAUUCGUACAAGUCUAUUGAUAUCAUCUUAACUUCGACGAACUUAUGAAGAAGGCGUGCGUGAAA